CACAGCUUAGCCACGGCACGAGAGAUCAAGUUCGGUGGCAAUGUCGAAUGACAAUCUUCUGCCGGCGUCCCAUCGACAGACAGUUUUAGGUCCACCCCGUGCCGAGUUGUGAUCAGCGGAGUUCCGCAGAGCACAAGUCGUCAGCCAUCAUCAGCACGCAGUCUAGUACAGCGCAGGUGGCAGACAACAUGAUUUUACCAAUCUGUGUAGUGUGUGUGUGUGUGUGUGUGUGCCGUGCGCGUGGCGGACAUAAUUAUUCCAUGUAUUUAUGCAUCUGACGCGUGACCAGAUUCUAAAAAAUUGACCGAGCUUUGGUCCAUCCCACCGCCAGUGCUAGCAGUAGCUUCUACUCGGUAGAUCUACCGGUUACCCUUGCCGCACAGCGGGCCAGGAUCAGUGUCCGACAGAUUACUGACCAGUCCGAAGUUCAGGCGAGCCUGGUGUCCUCGCCACACGAGGUGAGUUGUGUUUGUUUUGGGAGAGCUGACCACUGGUGGUCUACUACGUCGUGCUGGCUGAGCACGAUGGAGUGAAGGGUGGAGGACAAAGCCAUUCCGCGGCUGAGGAUAGGCAACGAGGAAGCGAGCAAGUAAACAUAACGGGACACUGAACAAAUGGAUGACUCAGACUCAGACGAUGCUGCUUUCCAACAGCAAUCUUAUGCACCGACAACAGGAUGUCGGAAAAGCGAGAAGGACAUCUGGGAGAGACUAGUAGCAGCCGUUGAGCGGGGUGUUGCCAACCAGCACUUCCUCGUGCAGUGUGCCGUCAUCCAGGAAAGCCAGGAGUCCGCUAUCAGCACCGCAAGCAGCCAUGGCAGCGAGCAGCAGCUUGACCAUAGCCCGGCUAGUGGCAAUGGCGGUGGCGGUGGCAUGGCCAUUGACAACGCUGAGCAACAACAGCAGCAACAGAGCAUCAGGGAUAGCAUAGUGGGGGGACGGACACGCUCCGCCAGUGUCCAGCAGCUGGUAGCUGGCAUGCGCGAGUAUCAGUCAUUCCCGCCACCGCUCGGUCCCAUGGCUGAACACGACGAUACAAGUAUGGAUCAGAGAGACAUGGGCGGUUCACACUAUCGACAUUCCUACACGAGUAGCAGUGGUACAGGUAGUCUAGAAGUCGAUGAUCGAAACCAGUCCAUGCUAACAAUGAUGUCAGGCACUUUCAGGAAUUCCACUGAAGCUGCUUCCACUAGCGGCACCACUGCAGUCCCUGAAAAUCGGAGAGAUUCUCUAACCCGGCCCCGGUCAUACCAAGGCGGCGCUCCGAUCUUCCGUCCAAUUUCUCAGCACUUGCCAGCGUCAGCUGAUCCUGACGAGAUGAGUGCUGGCAAAGAUGACAUUCCGGGGAAAACCCGUGUCAACACCGAUUAUCGGAUGCAAGAGGUUGUUCUCACUGAUUUAGCCACGCGGCUAGCCGAAGAGUGUUGCACGUGUGACAACGAGGCAGUGCUGGCCUUCCUCUUGGACUCCAAUGUGAUGGGUAACAUGCGUCUUCUGGAGCUUGCGUGCGAUCACAAUGCAGCGAACUGCGCCAAGCUUCUGUACGACCGAUGCCAUCUCAGGUUCACCAAUGACAUGAUGCGGCACGCGGUGUUGUCCGGCCACAGGGAUAUAGCAAUGUUCAUCGCCUCAACAGAGCUGCCCGAAGCCUUCACUGCCGUGGACGUCGAGGAUAUGCUCAUCACGGCAAUCUCGUCCUUGAGCUGGGACCUGGUCACCGCCUGCAGAGAUAUCUGCAGGAUGUCCAAACUCAAGAUGGUCGACAUCAUCAAACCGUACGGAAAGACUCUGAUGAGCGCGCUGAUUGAGAGUGCACUGAGAAGCAAAUCGCAUGCCGACCUCGAGUCCGCUUCCCGGCUACUGUCUUUCCUAUCCCUGCACGAAGUGCCUCUUCCCGUGGAGCUCUCCAGUCCACCGGACAGCAAGCCCACGACUCGGCGGCGCCUUGAACUGCUGCGCUGCUUUCUGGAGACCCUGGUGACGUUUUCUGAUUCCGUACUGACGGCCAGUUGGAGAGGAUUGCCGCUGUCGUUCUGCUCCACUGACUUCUUCUUCCGCAAUUCCACUCCGCUGAUGCUGGUCCAGGUGGACCUGGGCAACAACUCUCUCAGCUCGCUACCGAGUGCACUGUUUGAUGGGAGCAUGACGACGUUACGCACUCUCAAUGCCUCCCAGAAUAACCUUCUUGACUUGGACAACCUGCUGUCGGCUGAUGGAGACUUCUCCGGCUCACGACUAGAGAACCUGGACUUGAGCUACAAUCAGAUGGUCAACUUCCCAAUCUGGCUCAGCCAGCUACCAUGCCUGGUCAAGCUGAAUCUAUCCUACUGCCUGAAAGGUGACGCCGAGGCCACCGUCAGUAUGAACUCGUCCAACAUUGUGCAGAUCUCCGGGCAGCAUAGCCUCCGUCCUCCGUCACGUCGCAUUGUGGCACAGCAGUGGGCAGCACUGCACCUGGAGGAGCUCAGGCUGGCCGGAAAUAGGCUGACCGAGCUACCGCACUUCGUCAAGGCGCUGGCGUUUCUGCAGGUGCUGGACAUCAGCCACAACAUGCUGACAAGCCUGAGCGCUGUGUGUACCGGCUGUGUGAGAUUGGUGACUCUGGUGGCAUCCUACAACCGGUUCAUGGACAACAGUGUUGAUUUUGAAGGUGACGCGGAGAUGCUGUUCACCAAGUUCCCCAAGAGCUGGCACUACACGCUGAGCGAAGUAGACCUAUCACACAACGGCUUGCUGCUUGUGCCUUCGCAGCUGUGCCUAGCGCAGAGCUUGACCAAGCUAGACCUGAGCUACAACGACAUUGGCCGCAUUCCCGCAUCCUUGCAAUGGUCCUGCGCUCGUUUGACCAGCCUCAAACUUGCUCACAAUCAGUUUGGAGACGACGGCUUUGAGACUUUCUUCGAUGAGGUCAUAUCCGGGAGUAAGACCAAGGUUAGUCCGUUCACCAAUCGCCGCCCCAAAACACAGUGGCAAGCGCUGCACAGAGUGGACAAGAAGAAUCUCAGUAACUCGUCCACCGGUAUGCCGGACUCUCAAGCCUCCUCCGACACGGUCAUUGAGUUGCCUUCGGACAAGCUCUUCUCACUGGUAACAUUGGACCUGAGCGGGAACCAGCUGGUGCAGGUGCCAAUAUCCGUCUGCCACAUACGCAGUCUGGUCACCUUGAGCUUGUCUGACAAUUGCAACUUGAAGGAACUCCGGCAAGAAAUGGGAUUCCUGACCUCCCUGUUCUGGCUGCAUAUCGAGAACUGUGACAAGCUGCAGAAACAAGUUGAGCCAUUCGUGGAAGAACCCACAACGCUUGGCAGGAAGCCAUACCUGAAGGUGCGUGAGCUGCUCAACAGCCUCCUGGCUAAGCUACGGCAGGCGCGUCCUUACUACGGCCUGAAGCUGCCUAUCCUUGGACCAGAGCUAUCGGGCAAGACUCAGCUUGUUGCCGCGCUGAAGGCACCGAACGGCAAGGCCAACAUGUCGAAGUCUGUGAGAAGGAAGAAGGAGUACGCCUGCGACCAUACCGAGUUGUACCUGAAUGCUGAUGGUCAGACAGUGCCCAAGUCAGCUACGGACGAUGCUACUCUGGAUGCUGGCCGGCAAAUUGCACUGGACGCAUGGGAUAUAUCAGAUCUGGAUGUGCUGCUGGUGCUGCGGAGUGCACUAUUUCAGCACCGCUGUCUCUUCCUCGUAACAUGGAAUGCAAAGUCUGGCAUGGAAGGUCUGGAAGCGAUCCGUGAAUGGUUGCGCAAUGUUCAGCUUCUAUCCAGUGGAGCGCAUGCUAUUGUUGUGGGCACACACGUCGACAGAAGUGUAUCGCAGGAGCUACGGGCAUCCUACAAGAACCACAUUGGCUCCCUGACCAAAGGCGUAGUGCCACUUUGCUUUGUGUGCACAUCGCACGGUACGGGUAUGGCAGACCUAAGGAAGGCUAUCUACUACGAAGCCAAACUGCAGUGUGAGAAAUACAACAAGGUACCACGUAGCUACGUUACGCUGCACCGACGUUUCACACAGCCGCUGCGUCGUGACAACCCCGCCACAGCGCUGCUGGCUAAUAUCAACGAGCAUGGUAUUGUGUCACAUGACGACAUCAUGGAGAUGUACAAUGUCACGGAGGACGUACGGCGUGAUCUGCUGGACGAGGAAGAAGUUCUCAAAGUUGGAAAUUUCCUGCACAACGUCGGUACGUUUGUCCACUUCCACGAUCUCUUCAAGAACUUGGCCCAGUUCUACUUUACGAAUGUUGGAUGGCUCGUUAAAACAAUCAUCUACUUCAUGAACCACCACCAUCUGUUUGUGGACGCUGGCAUCCUAACAACAACUGGCAGCCAAGCCCUGUUUGGCGACCAGAUACCAAACAAGGUCUUCUUCAAUGCUUUCAUCGCACUCCUGGAGAAGAUGCGCGUUAUCUUCUCCAUCGGAGCUGGUCGCAGAUGUCGAUACCUGGUGACGUUUGCACUGCCCAAGGACAAGCCGGCACACGAGGCAAGCGCUAUUCACGAAGCAGACAUCUACUCGGUCAAGCGCGUCAAGCGACUGUUCUCCUUCAACCGAGUGCCUCCGGAGCUAUGGGGAGUGUUGGUCUCACAACUCCAGGUGAAAUUGGAGAACUGGUGCCGUGGCCAGUACAAGGAGAAGGGAAUGCACCUUGCCCAUACUGUCAUAUGGGCUAAAGGAGUCGUUGGAUUUCUGCCUGAUAGCUGUUUCAAGGUGGAGAGUGUUGAAGGUAUUAUGCUACGCGGCUCGAGCAUCAUCUUUCCUGGCAUCAACGUUAUAGUGGCAUCAAUGAAUGGCCGCUUCAACGUUCUAGCCUUGAUCAUGCAGCACAUCAAUGCUCUACUCGAUGAGACAUUCACAAACAUCCGUGGCUCACACCUGGUGGAUGACAACGAUGCCAGGAUGUGCAUAGUCCCUUGCCCAGCGUGCUCUCUUAACUACGUGGUGCUGUGCUCGGCCGAGAGCGUCACUGCCAUGGCAACGGAACGCGGCGGAUCAAUGCUACAGACACAGCCACCGCACUUCCUCAACCUGAACGAAUGUGCUGGCCUACUGGCCCUGGGGACCACUGACAUCUGUCGCAAUACGGGGCAAACUCUAGCACCGGAGGAGCUCGUUCCAGACCUGAUGUUCUGUGAUCUGCCACCGGAGAUGAUCAUUGACAAAGUGGACGUACAGUCGGGUACUCUGCUCGAUUCCGGUUCAUUCGGCACGGUGUAUCGGUGUACGCUCGACGGCCAGGACGUAGCUGUCAAGGUCUACACGACGGACAGCAUGCUGCAGCAGCAGCAGGAGAUGUCCACGAUGCGCACAUCGGCUGGGGACCUUGUCCGGCACAGCUUGCGCAACACCAUGCCAUCAGACACAGUGGCCAACCAAGCGUACAAGUCUGACUUGGGAGAGGUUGGUGUUCCCAUGCUGCACAGUCUCGAGGAAGCGCAAAGCGAAGCGAGUCGUCUGAACCGCCUCGUGCACCCGUGCAUCGUCAAGUUCCUGGGUGCCUCCAUGCACCCGCCGUGCAUCGUUCUGGAGUAUGCGCCGCUUGGCAGCCUCAGCAAGUAUGUCAAGGACACGGUCAAGAAAGUGUCCGAGGUGCUGGCGGCGGGGACAGAACUCACCCAGCUAGUUGUGCCGGAGUUUCCCAAUGGAGUCCUCGGUCGGCAACUGACCAACCAGAUUGCUUAUCAAGUUGCCCUUGGCCUGGAGCACAUUCACAAACACGGCAUGAUCUACAAGGAUCUGAAGGCCGACAACGUGCUCCUGUUCAGCGAUGACAUUCACCGCACGCCCAACGUCAAGCUCACCGAUUACGGCAUAGCAGCUGAGGAGCUGCCUGGCAUCGAGGUGUCAUCAGUAACCGGCACACUGGGAUAUCAAGCACCGGAAGUGGUGCUGCGCGGUACGCUGUCGGGCAAGGUGGAUGUCUACUCCUAUGCCAUGUUUCUCUACGAGAUGAUGGAGGGCAAUGUGCCGUUCUAUCGCGAGCGCACCGACAUGAAAGCGCCCAUGCAGCUGAACUCACUCGUCAUCUGCGGCAUGCGGCCGGCCCUCACUGUCAAACCGUCGCUCGUGCAAAUGGACAGCCUGAUGCACCGUUGCUGGAAGCAAUCACCAGAAGAACGGCCGUCGCCAGCGGACAUCAUUGCUGCCAUGGAAACACCGGCGUUCAGCCUCCAGAAUCGGCAGCUGACAUCUCUGUCGCGCUCGGCAGACUUCGUCCACUACUUUGGCACUCGGCAGGUGCACUCCAUGGAGGAAAGGGCAACGCUGAUGGAGUCAUCGCGUGAUUUCGAAAGCACGACUGUGUACAAUGACUCACAGGGCUCACUGCCAGAUGUCAUGCCUCAUACUGGUCCAGCACUCCGAUUCAAUGUUAAAAGCCCUGCAGCAGGUACUGGCGGCUCGCAAACGUCAUCAGACCUCAGGACGAGGGAGAGUCGCACGCCUAGCGAGAGCCUACGCAGUGAUCAGAUUGACUCUCUGUCGUACGAACUGCUGUUCGUGGCAUUCGGCGAAGGCUCCCAUCGGUCGUUCUCUCUCGUCGACACCAGCAGUGACGCGGUCGUGGGCGGUCCCAGCACAUUCCCCGGUCCGGCCGUGAAGUGUGCCGUCACAAUACGCUCAACGCUCUGGAUAGGCACAUCGGCGUACGGCAAGGACGGAAGUCGUGUGGAAGUGUUCACGCUGCGUCAGCCCUGCCAGCUACACGAGCAACUUCGCUUCUCCGAGAAUAGCUCGGUGCAAUGCCUGGUGGCCAUUGACUUUGAUACCUACAACCGCGAGCAGUACAUCAGCAAGAUUGACCAGGCACUGAGUGGUGAAACCAAUCCAGAGGACUUGAGCAAGCCGCAGAACGUAUCACCUGCGGUGGCUGUCGUGCUGGCUGGCCUCGGCGAUGGCUCCAUUUUGGUCUUCUUUGGCUCGCCGCCCAAGGACGGUUUCCAGAUUGACAAUCUAAGCUGGAGCAAGAAGCGUGUGGUGGUGACGGAUGAGCAUGAUGUGUGUCCUGUGCAUAGCCUGGCCGUGAUUAGCAACACGGAGGUGUGGUGUGCACAUGGAAAUGAGAUGUCGGUGCUGACUGUCAACCCGGACACGCACACAUGCACGCUCUCCUGUCACAUUGCCAUGCAGCAGAACACCUUGAGACCGGGCCUGGCGAUCUCGUCGCUCGUAGCACACAACGAGCACGUCUGGGCAACUCUGCUCAAUCAGAAUGUCCUGCUCAAGUUCAGCACCGAGCAUCACAGUCUACUCGGAUGUAUCAAGCUGAGUGAGUACGGAGGCGAGGGCACACUUCCAAGUCAGCAGCUAAGCACCGAACUGCCGGGUGAACUUCUGCUGCGCAACUACCGCCCACAGUCCCUCAUUCGCAGAGCCUCCUCGACAGGUAGUAGCGAGGGUCACGCCACCACCGCCAGCGCCACCAGGAGUAGUAGUGUGUCUUUUGACAGAGCUGUGGCCACUCAAGCCGGUUCCAUUGUCUCCGCACGUGAGCUACCCACAGAGGAGAGUGCCGGCGACGGUUCUCCAUUACAAUCGUCCUGGCGUAGUAAGCAGCUCCAGCAGGCCCAGCGGCAAGUUCCCAUAUUGCCCGACAGCAUAUCUAUCAUCCGACCAGUGCACGACACGCUGUGGGUUGGUCUCGAGGACGGCUCCAUUAUGAUCCUGGGUAGCGGGAAGGCUGCGGAAAGUACUGAGCCGGACAGACCACCUGCAACUGGUGAGGAUUCAGCCUCCAGUUGCAGUCGCUCAUCUAGCCUGCGCAAUAAGCCAAGUCUUCAAGGAGUGGAAGAAGAAAGCGAGGAGGGAGAUGAAGAGCAGUCGAAGCAGCAGCAUCAGGCUGCAGAACUGUCAACUCCCACUGUUCAAGUGCGUCCCCCGGCUGCAGGACUGGUUUCUCUUGAUGUGCGUGCAAUGCAGCAACAGAACCAUGCACUGCUGGGAAGAAUGUGCCUACCUGAGGAAGACCCAUUCCAUGACCGGCCAGUACGCUGCAUGGUCUUGACUCCAUCGAAUCUCGUUGUGACGUCAACACCAAAGCAGCGACAGGCUCUCAGCACUGCGCCGUCGGAGAGUUUCUCCUUCAGCAGACAGAUUGCCCCUCUGCACGUCUGGGAUGCAUGGACGGAGGAACGCUGGCAGCAUUUCUACGGUGUUAUUCGUCAGCUACACGUCACAUAGCCGGCGGGAUCAUGCACACGCAACCACCCGACAUGCCGCAGCAGCUACACGGACACCAGCGGUUGUCUGUCACUCACACUGCAAUAAAGCACUCAUGGCUUGGCAGAGUAGCUGGCAAGAAUAUCAUCUUACCAGUAAUAAGUGCGACUGCCUUACACAUUCCUACAUCAUUACAUAUAUGUAUGCUCUAUGCACCACUACCUUGCACUGAUUCAAGUUCGUACAUCACAAGACAUGUAUGCAACACCACUCUGGGAUGUUGCUGGUAAGAACCAGGAACCUGGCUUAGCUUACCUAUCAAUCCUGUGCCGUCCAGUGUGCUGCACUGUCUGUAUGCUAGCCAUACCUAUCAAUCUUGUGCCGUUCAGUAUGGUGCACUGUCUGACAUGCUAGCCAGUCCGCGUUGCAUGUCAUCCACUGUAACGUUACAGACUACAUCUAAGCAUCGAGAAGAAGUUGAUUACUUGAGCUACUAUGAUUACUGUUGAGAUUUGUCCACUAGUGUUGUUUCUAACAGAGACGGGCCCAUUUCUUCUUCUUUUUAAAAAAAAUAUUCCGCUCGUGUUUUUUUCACUCACUAGAACACGUCCUUUGCCAUGCGCCUACUCUCUGUAUGACUACUACUUUUCACAAUGACUGCACGGAUUGGUAGUGUCUUCGCCAACUCAUUUCUUUCGUUAAUGAAGGUGAUCAGAUAAUUAUGAUAAUUAUGGCUUGAUUAUUUUCUCAUUGCAGAACUUUAGCUUCAUUUCAAGCCUUCCAGCGUACUUGCUAGCCGACUUUCCCAACAUUAUUUUUGAGUCAUGUUUUCCUAUUUUGAUGUUGCAGUAAUGCAGAAAUCAAGUUCUAUUA